AAAGGACUGUCAUCUGAGCUUUCCACAUUCUCCCUGAUUUGACGGCUGAACAGAAACACUUGUUGGAAAGAGAGACGUGGAAAGCAGAGUGAAAAAAAACUCAACUCAAAUUACACCUUACGGCGGGGUUGCAGAGGAAUCAUUGGUCGGAGAUGGGAGCGGAGAUGUUCCGCUGGGGGUCCCACAAUGGGGAAAAAAAAAGUCCAUGUUUCCAAAAGAUCUUAAAGAGUGGCUGCUUCUGACCGGCGGGUUACAUUGAAGAUGUUAGCUCUGCGAGUAUUCUACGCCAGUCUGCUGUGUUCCCUAACUCAGGGCUAUUUCACUGGGCCCCUGCACCCGGAGAUGUCCAAUGGCACUUUUCACCAUUAUUUCGUGCCGGACGGCGACUACGAAGAGAACGACGACCCCGAGAAGUGCCAGAUGCUUUUCCGCGUCUCGGACGAGCGGCGCUGCGGGGUAGAAGCCGACCUGCAGACCUUCCUGAAGCAGGAGAUGCUCAUCCUCCAGCGGCAAGUGGAGGACGCGGCCAGGGUGUUGGACGGAGUCGGCAGGAGCAUCGCCCAUGACCUGGACGGCGAGGACAGCUACGGGGACUACCUGCGCCGGGAGACCAGCCAGAUCGGGGAGGCGUUCUCGCACUCGGACCGCUCUCUGGUCGAGCUGGAGCUGAAGUUCCGUCAGAGCCAGGAAAGCGAGCUGAAGGAGGUGAACAAGAUCAACGACGAGGUGCUGCACAUGCUGUACCACACCAGGCAGAUCUUGAGGGAGACGCUGGAGAUCUCGUCCGGCUUGAGCGAUAAGCACGAACUCCUCACCCUGAUCGUCAGAAGUCACGGCACAAGGCUCAGCAGACUGAAGAACGAUUUCAUGAAGAGCUGAGAUCUGACUGAGCCACACUGGACCGACGUCCCCAUGUCUCCCCCACCCCCACCCCCCCAGACCCCGAGCAUAAUAACAUGUCAUUUACUUCUGCAUCAUAUUUAUCAAAAUCGAUUGGCGUAAUGUGAGUUUGGGGCAACGUGUGUCCAAUGGCCUCUGCCCCCCCCACUACUCACUUUCUAUUGAUUAUAAACUGACAUUGCUUUCUGACAUCGAUAACCAGCUUCCUAUUCAAGGAGGUUGCUUCCUUGUUACCCUGUAGAUUUUGCAGUUUGUCAACCGUUCAUUGUUGUACAUGUUCUCGGUUCGUUAAAUAUAUACUGAUCUGUUUCGCCUCAAAUACCGCAGGCAGGUACACAAAGUAUUUUAAAACGAGACAGAGAGGGAGAGAGAAUGUACGUUUCGUCGUGACAGAAGAACCCAGCGCUAGGAGGGUGAGGGUUGUGGGAGUGAGUAAGUCGGUGCAGAUGUCUGAUGUUUGAAGUUCGGAUAAAUUGGCCUUUUUGUUUUGCAGUCUGGAACCCUAAUACAAUUGGCCGGGGAUAAGGGAGGGAGAGAGUCUAAAACGGAUGAACAAAUUGAACAAAUCCCGGGCAUUGAGUCUGGGUAACUGUGUUCUUUUACCUCCCAGUGUUGGAGCACUCGGGUCAUAUCCAGCAACUACAUGCCCCACCGCUCGAUUACAGCAAACUGACAGCUUUUUGAUUGAUGAGUCUCCUUUAAAGUCUGGAUUUGGCACUAGUUUCCGUCCAAGUGGUUAAAAAAAUUCCCCGAUUCCAGUUAACAAGUUUGCUUUCUCAACGUGUCUUGUGGUUGGCUGUUUUAAAGUGAGCUGCAGGAAUUUUUUUUAAUAAAACUUUUUUUCUCUUUCUCGAGCGGACGCCGCGUUAAAGCAUCCGCUGCAGAAUAAGCGUUUGAAAGCGUGUAUUGUCUGGAGUGGUUGUAAAGGCGGAAUUGGGCAGGAACAUACUGGUGACCCAGAUUAUGGAGGCCGCUGCUCAACACCCCUGGCUGGGCUGGAGCGGGGGUGGGGGGAAGGAUCAGCACAACGUGGACAGAAUCCACCAAGCCGAGGAAGUUAAACUGCACUCCCCUCCCUCAUUAUCCAUCAGUCUACAAUCCAAAAACUUACACCCUAACAAUUUGACAAUUUAAUCCUGAAAUAGUGCGGAAACAACAUUCUUUUUUGUUGCACAGUAAUUUGGGUUUUAUUUGCCGAUAAGUUCACGAUGUUCCUUAGCUGGAUUUAUCCUUCUUCCACACCAAUAUAGCUCGGGUUCUUCUUAAUAACAGUCUAGGUGUAAAAAUGGAGGCUAAAUCAUAAAUUCAGUUUGGAAGUGUUAAAAUGGGUUUUAAUUAAAAAGUUCUCCCGUCGAUAGACUGGUGGCAUUUAUAGCAGAGCUGGCGUUUUAUGAAAUCUUUAAAGAUGGUAAAGGAACAUUGAUUUUUUUUUCACACCAGUAAACGCCCAAAUCCACUCAGACUGCAGUUAAAGCGGUUUUUUUGGCAUCGUGUGAAAUGUUUUCGGCGCACAUCAACACACGCACACACGAAUAAAGUACCAGAUCACUUCGGUGUCUGGUUUUAAUCUGCUUCUUCGACACAAUGAAGCCAAACGACAGCGAGAGGUUACCCUCACGUGGUUUGGGCUUCUUACCAAGUGGAAACUGCUUUAGUGGCGGCUGCUUUAGAAGGUGCUCAGACACUAUAUUGAAUUAUUUUACUGUUACCAAGGAGCAGACACCAGCAAUCAUGUCCUUGUAACAUUAGUAAAUGGCGACUUUCUGCGUUCAGGCUGUUGCUCCCUUCUAGUCGGUAGAGUACAAAUUGGAGGAGGCCGCACUUAUUCAGAUAUUGUCGACUGUGCUGUUUGUAACAGCUGUUUUACAGCGACCAGUUUGCAUUAGUAGCAGCGCGGUGAGUGAAAUCGUCAGUAAAAUGACAGUAGUCACAUGUCCAUCACAUCCGAUGAAUGCCACACGUUUUUUUUGCCUGUGUUUUGUAACGUCAAAGAAAGAGAUAAUACUACACUUGUGUGAAGUGCCAGCAAAUUACCCGAGCACUUCCUAAAAGUGGCAAGCCGCAAUGUUGUGCCUCAACUCCCCGAGACAGGGGUUCGGUCCACUGCACUUGGUCUGAGGUAUGCUCCUGCUAUGGAGACCAUGAGUAUUCCAACCUGUGAACGCAGUAGCCAAGAUGUCAAUUAGAAAAUAAUGGUAACCCCGGUCUACUCCUUGAUUAUCUAAAGAUAACCAACAGAGUAUUAUAUGAAUUUGGACCUUUCAUUGCUCACCUAUGUUUUGAUGAUUUAUAACGUUAGGGCAGAGCCCGCUUCUCCUCCUGAAGGACUCGGAGAAAUGGACAAACCUGAUGGGCUCAGUCACUUCUAACCAGCCGAUAGAUACCUCCCAAAGAUUUCUCUCCCCAGAAACAGGUGAUUCUCGUUUCCUUCGCUGUCAGCUUUACUAUCCUUCAGGGCAGCAUUUCAAACGACCGCUGUGAGGCUGCGGAGCGCCAUGAAACCCGGGGUUCCUGGACACGACAGCGGACACAAUUCUGUACCAGUUUCAGGUCUCGUUUCUUUUUCGGUAUGUGUUUCGGGGGAGUGGGGGAAUCAAAGAAUUACGCAGGAAGGGAAGAGCCAAGUCACUUCCACGAGAGCCGUGGUGAUAUCUGAUUGAUUUUGGAGGACAGCAAUGCCCAGCCUUCUGGUUGCACAACAGGCAUCAACAUUUCUGUGCAUUGCACAGAGAACACGAAGAACUUGAGUUGUACUGCAUUUGCACCAUAAGCACCAGCCUAUUUCAAUGAAUCAAAGUUACAUCAGCGAACGCACAAUUGUUUCCAGAUUCUAGAUAAUUCAGGACUACUUCAGUGUUAAACACAGCUUAUUCUAUCUCAAAAAAAAGAGAAACACAUAGCAGAACAGUUUAGGAAAGGUUGUAUUGUCCUAACUCAAUUGUGCAAAUUAAGAUGUGCAAGUUGUCAAUGGUUAGAAAAUAAAGCCACCACGCAUCGAAGGGUCUGCAGCAAAGUUUGCCAUAAAGCUAUCUCUCCCAGCAGUUCCCUGCCUGUACCGUUGCAUAAAAUCGGGCAAUUCUGCUCACCAAAUGCGAUCACGUUUGUCAGGCUGUAGCAUUGCAGAGCUAGCCAAAUUGUAGGUAGUCUUCUGGAAGGCAAACUGUAAAAUAUUUGUCCAGAAUCUUUGAGACCUUUGAUGUGGAGGUUGUUGACUUUACGGUUUAAUGUGACAGAAUGUUUUUGACAAUUGGAUUUAUUCGAAAUAUCAUUCCAGACCAAUUAUGAAAGGGCUGUCUCGCUCAAUGCUUAGUCAAUAAGCAAAAUAACUUGGCGACCAAGGAGCAAACUUCCAGAGGAGACACCGCUAUCGCAACAGUUCACACCUGGGAAAAUUCAUUGAAAUUGCCAGUGAUGUGUUUCUCCCCCACUGGCCAACUUUCUCAGUUACUGGGGCAGAUGAGGUGUAGCCUAUAGUAAGAACAGGAAGUGUUGGAGAAACUCAACAUGUCUAGCAGCAUCUGUAGAGAGUGAAACACUUGGAGCUUCUGCUCUGAAUCCAAGCCUUGUCACUUCCCUCCAAGUAUUACCACUCCCUUUGCUUUCUGUUCAGUGCAAUCUUUGACGAAUAAUCUUCCUCGUUUUCUAAUCUUCCAUUCUGUUCCAAUUGCUCCUCCCACCUUUUUCUAUAGCAUAAAGCCCAUCACGUUUCGAUCUCUGUCUUUAGUUCGGAAGAAGAAACAUGUUGGACGCAAAAUGGUAUCUCUGCUUUCUCUCUCAGAAAAUGCUAGAUCUGCUGAGUAUUUCCAGGGUUUUCUAUUCUUUAUUUCAGAUUUCCAACGCCCGCAGUAUUUUGCUUUUGUUUUAAGGGUAUGUAUAUGUUUCCCUGUUCGACAGCUGUGAAAUCUCACAAAAGUAUUUACUUUGUAAAUAUUAUUUCAUAUGACGUGUCCCAAAAUUGGGAUCAAAAGUGGAACACUUGUGUAAAAAAAUAUUUUUUUAUUACAUAUUUAAACAGCAAAUGUAAAGGUUUCACUGGUAAAGUACGUGCAUUUCUAAGGUCACUGUAUUACGUUCAGUGCAUUAUACACAAUCAAGUUAACACUACAAUACAAUUCUGAAAUGCCACUUGGCUCAUUUGCACCGUCCAGCAUUCACUUCCGACAACUGAUUUCAGUGUUAGAUGCACCAGCUAAACAUUAUUUUCUUAGUUGAAAAAAUGGGAAAUAAGAUUAGAUUGGCCUACUUCAAUCCCUAAACCAUCUGUAUCUUUAAUUAAACUAAUUUUAAAAGCUUUGUCAAACAUAUACUCGUGUUGUUAAAUUAAAUCACAAUUUUGGGCUGCCGACCCAUGGGAUCAUAAUAAACGGAAUGAAAUAUGGAUCAAAGGAUCCAAUUUCGGAGAAGGCAAGAUAUUUAGCGUGAAAAUAGUUAGCAAUGCAUCCUUGUAUUGUGCGAGUUUCCAUUUUAAAGGAAAUGUUCGGUUGGAUUUGUUAAAGAUAAUCAGUACAUUAAACGUCACUCAUGAGGAAACUCUUCGACUUGUCA